AGUUAUUGUAAUUAAUUCACCUCUGCUUUUAUUCUGAAUCAAGGCAAUGGCAGAAGGAGUCCUCUUCAACAUUGCAGAAGGAAUCAUUGGAAGGUUAGGCCCCCUGGUUUUGCAAGAGAUUGCAUUGCCUUGGGGUGUCAAAGAUGAGCUCCGAAAGCUUAAGGAAAAAGUUGCCCAACUCCGAGCUGUUCUUCUUGAUGCGGAGCAAAAGCAAGCCAACGAUAAUGAAGUCAAAGUGUGGCUCGAAAGCGUAGAAGAUGCAGUUUAUGAAGCUGAUGACGUGCUCGAUGAGUUUUAUACUGAAGCUCAGUGGAGACAAAUGGUGCCUGGAAAUAAUAAAGUGUCAAAGCAGGUACGCAUCUUCUUCUCUAGCUCAAAUCAGCUUGUUUUUGGGCUGAAAAUGGGUCAUAAGAUAAAAGAUCUUAACAAGAGACUUCAUGAGAUGGCCUCGAAUAGAACAUUUGGUCAGUUAGAAAGGAAUCGUGAAGAUGUAGAAUUUGUAAGAAGAGAGAGGGUCACUCACUCAUUUGUCCGGGAGGAUAAUAUAAUAGGGAGAGAUGAAGAUAAAAGAGUAAUUAUUCAACUUUUGUUGGAUUUGGAUCCCAUCUCAACAGAAAAUGUCUCAACUAUUUCCAUAGUUGGAUUUGGAGGAUUGGGAAAAACUGCACUUGCCCAACUAGUUUUCAACGAUGAGGUGGUUCAAAAUCAUUUUGAGCUGAAAAUGUGGACAUGUGUCUCCAAUGUGUUUGAAUUGAAUGUACUUGUUAAGAAAAUCAUUCAAUCUGCAACUAAUGAAAUAGCCAAAAGGGAUAACCUUGACAUUGAUCUGUUGCAAAAUGAGCUUAGGAAGAAGAUCGAUGGGAAGAGAUACCUCCUUGUGUUAGACGAUGUGUGGAAUGAAAAUCGUGGAAAAUGGCUUAGCUUGAAAGACUUGUUGAUGGGUGGUGCAAGAGGUAGUAAAAUACUAAUAACUACUCGCAGUGAAAAAGUUGCAAAAAUAACAGACACAUCUAAACCAUAUAACUUAAGCGGUUUAAGUGAAGAGCAGUCUUGGUAUUUGUUCAAGAAAAUGGCAUUCCAAGAUGGAAAAGAGCCAACGAGUUCAACCAUUAAAGCCCUUGGGGAGGAGAUUGCUAGAAAAUGUAAGGGGGUUCCUCUUGCUAUAAGGACCAUAGGACGGAUGUUGUACUCGAAACAUCAAGAAACUGAGUGGUUGGCUUUCAAGCGUAACAAGCUUUCAACAAUAAGUCAAGAAGAAGAUGUUAUUUUACCAACACUUCAGCUGAGUUAUGAUGUUCUCCCAUCACAUUUGAAACAUUGUUUUGCUUAUUGUAGUUUGUUCCCGCCUGAUUAUGAGAUUCCCGUAGAGAAAUUAAUUAAGUUGUGGGUGGCACAAGGGUUCGUUAAGUCUUCAAAUCCUAAUGAGUGCUUGGAAGAUGUUGGUUAUGAAUAUUAUAACGAACUAGUUUGGAGAUCUUUUUUCCAAGAAGAAGAAAAAGAUGGGUUUGGUAUAAUAACAAGCUGUAAAAUGCAUGAUCUCAUGAAUGAACUUGCUGUUAAAGUGGCAGGGGAGGGAAGCACAAUAAUAGAUCGCGGUAAGACUGAUUUUGAUGCAAAACGUCUUCUUCAUCUAUCUUUCCAUUUUGAUGUUGAUUCGUCGGAAUGGAAAAUACCGACAUCCUUGCUGGAAUCAAAUAAGCUAAGGACUUUUCUUUUCCUAAGCCAACAUUUGUGGAAGGAGUCAUUCCAUAAUUCAUUUUGUGCUACAAUUGCUUCAAAUUUUAAGUCAUUGCGUAUGUUGAGUUUGAAUGGAUUGGGAAUUACAAAAUUGCCAAAAUGUCUUAGGAAAAUGAAACAUUUAAGAUAUCUUGAUCUUAGUUCUAAUCCCAUUGAGAGACUUCCAAAUUGGAUAGUCGAACUUCAAAAUUUGGAAACACUAGAUCUC